AUGCCGCCUGGCACCAUUAUUAUACUCCUUAUUCCAUUGGCAGAGUGCUUUAAUGACAUCACCGUGUUAGAAUUCAAUGACGCUAGCAUAAAGGAAUUGGAGAAAUGGACAACUACUCAUGACGAUGCCUAUGAUUGGUCUCACACAUUUAAUACUAUAGCAGAUUUUGAAGGCAAAGGUGAGGACUGGAAGAAAAGGGAAGAAAACCUUAAAAAAUCAAUUAAAAAAAUUCGGAAAUGUGAUCUCACCAAAGAAAAUCUAACUGACCCAGUUACUCUUCCAAAAGUCGACUGUUUAUAUAUUGGUAGUACCCUAGGAAUGAUGUGCAAAAGUCGAGAUGAAUUUUCCACAAGCAUGAAGAAGAUCUCAAGGUGGCUAAAACCAGGUGGCCAUCUGAUAUUAUAUGUUUUGUUAAAUGGUGAAUUUUACACGGUUGGGGAACACCAAUUCCACUAUCUAACACUGGAUGAAGAGUUUCUAAAAAAAAUUCUCAAGGACAUGGGGUACAAGAUUGAAACCAUGGAGCUGAUUGAAAAUAAAUCAAAGCAUGAGGCUGUAUCUUAUGAUCACAUGGCAUUUAUAACUGCCGUCAUGCAAUGA